AGGGACCAAAAAAUUCACGGUGUUUCCCGAGCUCGCACCACAAGCCGCGGCGCAACCGUCCCCAAAAGACCCGACGACCGGACAACAAGAUAACUUCACAACCACGACCCCGCCUGCUGCAUCGUGCCAUUCCACCGCCCGGCAUCCCGCCAUAAAACCGUCCCAAUUGAACCGCCCACGAGACAAGUAGCGCACCAUGGCGGGCGGGCACAUGAAGUACCGGCAGCUGAGCCGCACCUCAGCGCAUCGCCAAGCCCUCCUUCGCAACCUGGUCACGUCGCUGAUCAAGGACGAGUCCAUCCACACGACAUGGCCCAAGGCCAAGGAGGCCCAGAGGUUGGCCGAGAAGCUCAUCACACACGCCAAGAAGAACGACGAGGUGUCGCGGAGGAAAGCCCAGGGGAUACUCUAUACCCCGCACGAACUCAUGCCCAAGCUCUUUGGCGAGAUCCGCGAGCGGUACCUGAACCGCCCCGGGGGCUACACGCGCGUACUGCGCACAGAGCCCAAGGACAAGUACGACCAGGCGCCGAGCGCCAUCCUCGAGCUGGUGGACGGGCCCAAGGACAUGCGCUUCGCCAUGACCGCCGCCGCCGUCGCCCGCGACCGCGCGCUGGGCAAGCCGCACACGGAGCUGACGGAGAAGAACAUCGCCAAGGUCACGCGGUACCGCCGGGGCGGGCGCGAGGCGUUCGAGGAGAUGGUGAACAAGAUCGCAUCGCUGCGCCUCUGAUGGACUGAUGCGGUUCCUUCCUCGCUUCUCUGUGGGGUGUUUACCGAUGAUGGGGAUCAUUGUUAGGAAAAAAAAAGGAAAGAGGGGGGAGUGAGGGAGGGAGGGAGGGAAGAGUGGGAAAGAACGGUGUUGGCCCGAAUAUAAAGGGAGGGAACACACUGGUACACUGGCACAUGCAUAAGAAUAGGCUGUACAUGUACACCAUUGAAGGGCUGUAAGAUAUCAAAAAGGAAGGGGGGGGAAGGGGGGAGGGGGAGAACAAGCAUGGUAUGAAUACUCGGUUCACUCGGCGUUGGGAGACGCGGCAACUACUGGAGAGAGAGAGAA